AUGAGGAAAAUUACAAUUUUUAUUUGGUUAUUGUUCAGUGGAGUGAUUUCCUCUGGGGAACGCAUUCAGUUUCUUAAGGAUUUUCUGGAAGCAGUGAACAAGGAAAAGGCUUUCUCAACUAUUCUUCUGAUGCAAAGGGAGUUUCAUAAGAACGAUCUACUAGAAGGACUAUAUCCCAUAUUGUGGCCUAUAAUUCGCUUAGAUGAAACUGAAACCAUUGAGUUAAUUAACUACUACAACAGUGAAAUGCUUUGUCUGGUUUAUUUGGAAUUCCCUGAGGAUAUAGUGAUAAUUCCAGCCCUUGCUGAAAAUACAAAUCAUAUGAGAGAAGCAAGAAUUGCCAUUUUUCUGCAGUUCAAACCUUCUACAAAUUUCCUCCAAGAAAUUGCCAAUCAGGCUGAAGAGUUCAAGUUUCUCCAUAUGUUGAUUAUAGAAGAUUCUUUGAAAAUACAACGACUUCAACCAUUUCCCCAGACCAGUUUCCAAUUGAUCGAUCAACCAUUUGAGGAAAUGAAAAUAUUUCCACAUCAAUAUUGCGACUUUAUGGGUAAGGUUGCUUUAACUUUACCAGAUUUUGUUCCACCUCGAAGUUUUUUCUCUAUUGAUCCUCGAACGGGAAGAGAAAAACCAAGUGGCUACAUAUAUAACGUAAUGAAAACUUUUUCUGAGAGCCACAAUAUCACGUUGAAAUUAGAAACUACACUGAACGACACUGCUCAAACGGAAAUCAUCAGGAAAACAAUUGAGGGAGAAUUGGAUCUGCCAAUUUCGGGGCAAUUGACAAACUUUCGACACGCAAAUGGAAGUAGAAUCGAAUCCCUAUUGGGAAUUACAGGAAUUUCCAUUGCAGUUCCUUGUGGCAAAGAGUUAUCGAUGCCGGAAAAGUUGUCCAAGCGCCACCGAGAAGCCUUACCAAUACUGUUUAUCACUUCCUAUAUCCUUAUGACUUCAGUGGAAGCAAUAUUGCGAAUCCUGUGGAAUAGAAUCCGAAACAUUUCUGGUAACUACAAUAUCCUGCACAUGGUAAUCAAUUGUCGGGUUCUUCGCUGCAUUCUAUGCAUGUCAAUUCCAAUGGGAAAUCAAUUCAGAUCUGUCAGAGGUCAAUUCACCAUGGUGAUGAGUUUCACAGGAGUGAUUAUUUACUGCAUGGUAGCUGCCCAAAUCAGCACUAUUUUGACCAUGGGUCCUCAAUACCAUCAUGCCAUGAACUUUGAGGAGCUGCGAGAAAGCAAUUUAACCGUGGUCGUAAACCGAUUGAAUUUUGUGUCGAUGACAAUGGGAAUGGAUUCGGAUUUUAUUUCAGAAAGUCUACCGAAUCCUUGGAUUGUGAGCUCAAUUGAGCAAAUGAAGAUGAUCGGGGCUUUGAAUACGAGCUAUGCCUAUCAGAUAUUUACCUAUAAGGGCGAUCCCUUUACAAAUCUCCAAGAACACUCCAUCCGAAAGGCUUUCUGUAGGCCCAAGAAUUUGGAAAUCAUCAAUGGACUGUCUUUUUCCUCAAUUCUGCAGAGGAACUCCAUCUACGCAAUUCCCCUGCGGGAAUUCGCCAAUCAGCUUUGGAGUGGCGGAAUUUUGGUACACUGGGUUGAAGAAGCGGUUCGGGAAUAUAUCAGUAGCAUCAGGGCAACGCGAUUUGGAAAGCUGCCGUUUGAGUCCAGAUUCAAGGCCCUGAACCUCCAGGAUUAUGGAUCCACUUGGCAACUCGUAUUGAUGGGUUACUCUCUGGCUAUUUUUGUUUUCAUCGGUGAAGUUAUUUUGGGAAAGUUAAAAAGACGGUUGAGAAGAACGGUUGCCUAA